UUUUCACCGCUUCUCAACCCCCAAGAACCUCAAAGCCGCCGGCCAUGGCCUACCUCCCGCCCCACAAGCGCCGCUCCGGCGGCUCCGACCCCGCCCCGCCCACCUCCUCCCUUGCCUCCCUCUCCCUCUCCUCCUCUUCCCCUCGUGGCCGACACCAGCUCCGCCCGUCCAACAACGAGAUCAUCCACGCCGCCGGCUGCGUCUCCCGCUGGUCCCCGCUCCCGCCCUUCUCCCCCGACUCCGACGACGCGGACUCUUUCCGUCUCGAGCCCUUCGCGUGCGAGCCCGUCGAGCGCAAGACCGGCUCCAAGCCCCUCGUCCUUUCGCUCUCCUCCCCGAAAGCCUCCUCAGCGGAGGCCGCCGCCGCCGCCAUCGCCGACAGGUUCCUGCCAGAACUCCUCGCUGCGGCGGAGAGGGCGAAGCACGAUGUUCCCAGCAGGAAGGAGGAAAUACUUAAGCUGAGCCUCGUUGCCAGGGUGGGGAAGGUCCUGUUCCAAACUGGUGGAUCACAUAUCUCCUUGGAGUCGCUCCGCGACGCUGCAAAAGCUGGGAACGAAGGAUCGAAGAGCCAAGUCCGUAAAUGUAAAUCCUUCUACACUAAUGUGCCCAGGGAGUGUUUUGAAGACAUGGAGCAAUCAGCUGUUAAGCUGAUGGGUCUGGAGUUGGACUCAUCAAAAGAGCACUACCAUGUCAAGAUAUUUGACAAGCACCAAAGUGAUUCUACCAUGUCUUGCAAAUGCACUGUGCAAGAAGAUGGGAAGCUUGCAAUCCAUAAGGUUGAAUUGAAUCAGAUACGACAGUUGGUGGAAGACAUAUCCUGUCUGUCCCAAGAUCUUGACUUAAGGCUGAUGUUGAGUACCAAAAGGAUACUGAAAAACGUAGAUCCUGAGGUGGAAAAUGCCAUACAGAGCUUAGUGUCUUCUGCUAUUCUUGAUCCUAAUGUAAAAGGAGGACUCAGAUGGCCAUUUGGGAAGGAGUCGAUUGGUGAGAGGUUCAGCAUAGUUGGAGUGUGGCAUACCAACUACAAAGCUUUCAGGAAUAAAACAUUAAGGUUCAAGCUGAGACAUGCUGAUCGGUUUGACCACCGAAGCUCGACUGGAGAGGUUUCCAAUGAAGUUACCUUUAAACUAACUGGCAUAUCAAAGAGGCUGCAGGACGGCAAUAAAGAGGUAGACUCUCUGAAGGAGAUGCUGGAAUCUGCUGUGCGGAUGAUCUGGGACAGUGCUUUGUGCUACAAGAUGGCGCACUGAGCUCGGUGGCUGGGUUUGCGGUUGGCUGAUAAGUACAUUGCAUCAUGUGGUUGCUUAACGAUGUUAAUGUUGGUUUGUAGCCCUCCUGUGUAAAUAGUUUUGCAUCGCUGUGAGUUUACUGAAUAUGCUGUCUACCUUCAAGUUGCAACUUUCAGAUUGCGCUUCUA